AUGACCAGUGGUGAAAUCGAGACCAAGCACAGCCAACAACACGUCAUCGUCCCCUCUGUGCAAGGGCAUUGCAAGACGACUUUGCAGCGGACCAUAAGCGAGACAAUCGGGCCCGAUGAGCUGUCGGUUACAUUUUCAUCGGACCUGAGAGACCAACACCUACGUGCAGCUGUGCGAGGUCAUGCCGUGGCUGAUGUGGAAAUUUGUUCCAGCAGCCUACUCCUGAACAUGGCACUCUCCGCGGCCCAAUAUGCCUAUAUUAAGAAUGCUAAUAGUCAGAAAAUGCCAGUGCCAUUGACCUUCCACAACUGCUAUUUUCACCGGGGUGUUGCCUUGACGGAGAAACCCCAGAUCGUGCAAGUCACUGUCACUCUCACACCCUCGACGAAGACUACGGAUAUCCAGUACCACUGCCGCACGUCUGACGAGUAUUACGAGAUAGGAGCCUGCCAGGUCGCCUUGGAGUCAGCAAGCAAACCGGACCAAGCUAGCUUCCUGGUUCGGUCGCGCAUGGCUGCUCUCAAGGCGCCCGCAAAUCACCGGCUGGGCAAACGCGCAGUCGACCGUUUAUUCGACAACGUUGUGCGUAAUGUGAACACUAUUAGGGGCUAG